AUGAAGCAUCUUCUCAUUCUCGCUGCUCUUAUUGACAUUACACUGGCUUGUAGCUCCAGGACGCCUCAAGUGCAACAGCCAGGGCUGCCAGGGCCACCAGGGCCACCUGGACCGGCAGGGCCAUCAGGGCCAGCCGGGCCAGUAGGGCCAUCAGGUCCAGCUGGGCCAGCAGGGCCAUCAGGUCCAGCUGGGCCAGCAGGGCCAGCCGGGCCAACGGGGCCACCAGGGCUAGCAGGGUCGCAACAGCAAUCAAAUGUUUCAGGUCGACGCCGAAGGGAAGCGAAGGUAAUCAACAUUGAGUUGAAAUUAAAAGUUCGGAAAAAGAGGAAAGGAAGUCCGAUUAUUGACUGCCGUCGUGCGUAG